AAUUGAUGCGUCUGCCACUUACAUUGGUCGUUUGCACAAUUGCGAUUGCCACAAAUCACAAUUGUACAAUUGUACCUACUGACUAGUGACUACAACUGACUACUUAWUAGCAUUUUCACAUUGCAGUAUUGCACAAUAUUUCUGUCGGCUUUUUAGUUUAUCUACAUUUUUUAUUAUUUUCGUAUAAUUUAAUUUAGUGAGUUUUCAAUCCAAAGAAUUCGUUCGAAACGUUGUCCAUCAGUAAAAUUGAAGUUCAUGUGUGGUAGGAAACGCAUAACUGAAUAUAGUGAGACUGCACCAUGUCAAGAAGCAAGAGCCGUAGUCGCUCUAAGAGCAGAAGUCGCAGCCGUUCGCGCAGCCGUAGGACAUCACGCAGCUAUUCUAGAAGCCGUUCGGGGUCAAGUCGCAGCCGCAGUCGCAGCAGGAGCAAGACGCCAGUCGAUAAACACAGGCUCCAUGUCAGAGACAUUGGAAGCAGCAUAACGAGACGUGAUAUUGAAAAAGAGUUUGAACGAUAUGGUACAUUACUUGAAGUAUGGAUGUCAAGAACCAGACCAAGUUUUGCAUUUGUUGUAUACAAAAGAGAUAAAGAUGCAGCCGAAGCACAAAAACGUACUAAUGGAAUGUAAGUUGUGGGAAAUAAUAUUCAAUAAUUAA